AUGCCCGACCCAAAGAAUAUGCCAGCAGGCUCCGAGCCUCCGCCGAAUGUUACUUUCACGAAUCCGCGACGGACCACGGCUGAAAAUUCUAUAACUUUACGACACCACCACUUAGCGAGAGCCACAGCCGCUUCAGCCGCUCAACGUAUUCCCGUCAAGUCGCCCCGAAGAAACUCAUCCGGCGAUAGCAACGAAACUGGUUUGAGUGACCCGAUGAAUUGGUUCGACGACUCAAACAAGAAUGCUAAGGGCAACGUGGACAUCCACUCUGCCGACCCACCAUUCUACCAAAAAGAGACGGAUGAUUCUAACGAGGAAAUGGCCAAAUAUGGAUUCUCAUCACAAAGUCCAACGUUCAAAUUCCGUACACCAGGUGGUCGUCCUGGAAUUGCUCACAGCAGCAGCGCCGAGGAUUAUCGGUCUGUUAUUGAUGACCUGACCAUUGAGAAUAAACGUUUGAAGGAACAAUUGAGAAAGUACAAGCAAAUCGGCCCCGAUUCUUUACGACAGGACAAAUUGUUCGAAGUCAAAGUCCAUGGCCUAUCCAGUAGGAAAAAACGUGAGCUGGAGGCUACGCUACGAGAUUUUACAACAAGUCUCGAAGGCUCGAGUACCGGAGCCUCUCCGAGUCGGAAGAAGACAUCAAGUAAAUCCAAAAACAUACAUUCGUCGGUAUCCAAGCAUGCAUCAUCGUCGUCAGGGUCUAAUUCAAGGCCCAUUGAUUCAGCAUACGCUUCUAUGUCAACCGGGGCAAGUUUGUCCGCCCCGUUACUACCCGGGCAGGCAAAGGCUGCGCGACAACGAUCAGAGCAGAAGAUUCAGAGCUAUCUACGAGACAUACCCGAGGGUCUAUGGCAACGACCUGCAGUCAUGACGGAGAAGGACAAGAAGAAACUCGUAGUCAAGCGACUCGAACAUCUUUUCACGGGCAAGAUGGGUGACCUCGCUGAGCAUGUGUCAUUACCUUCAAUGCCCUCCCCUAUCAUUGAGGAUGUCCAGAUGGAAGGGUUCGAUGGUGGAGUUACGCCUGCCGUAAUCCCUAGCGAGGCCAUAAGAGAGGCCCCAAUUCGACCGCAAACCCUAGGGCGGAAGGAGAGCUGUUUACGCGACAACGGUUCCGCGUCAAACUCUCAUUCACAUUCGCACUCAUACUCGAAUGGUGACCAAACCGAUCCCAGGGAUAACGGCAACGGUAGCGGCAGUGGUGGUGGAGGGCAUACAGGCGGCGGCGGAGCAAGCGGUAACAACUUGUCACCGCACGUGUCCAUGCCGCCUCCGGAGCAACGUCCGACACGGCCACGCGACUUGGACCCUGAUCGCAAACAGGUGCCAUCAGAAAACAUGGAUUACAUACGUCAUUUAGGGCUUGUAGCACCCGAAUCUCACAAACAAUACUCCGCACGGGAUGUAUCGCCAGAUGCGGAAGGUUGGGUGUAUCUCAACCUGUUAUGUAAUUUGGCACAGCUGCAUAUCCUUAAUGUGACCCCCGCGUUUAUUCGCAAUGCGGUGUCGGAAAAGAGUACCAAAUUUCAGUUGUCGCUGGAUGGACGAAAAAUCCGUUGGCGAGGUGGAGUAGAAGGUACAAGAUUUAGUAGCGACAGUGGGAGCAAUUCACAGCGCCAAUCAGGUGACGACACGGACGGGUCAAACGAUCAAGAGCAACGAAAAAAACAAAAGACGCAGACGCAGACGCAGAUGCAAACGCAAGGAUUUGGAAAUACUGUCACAGCAUGCAAACCAUCAAAAUUCGGGUUGGGCGUGCACGAUUCGAAUUCCUCGGAAAGUUUUCACUAUAAACCGUUAUUUGUGCACCAUCAGACGUCGUCCUCGGAUGAACAACCAUCAGGCGGGGAUGAGACGGGCUCUUCGUAUGGACCACCUGAAGAAAGUAACCUGGGGUUGAAUAACUCACGAUGGGGACAAAGCGGUGUGUCGAGGGUCUCACAGCGUAAGCGCCGUCGCGACGGUGCAAUCAUUUAUUAUAGCGGGGCACCAUUCUGCACGGACCUUUCUGGAGAUUUUGGUGGUGGGGAAGUUUCUCCCGCAACUCACGAUAUGACGUCAUCGGGAGACCAGGGUCCUAUCAGCCUCGAUAUCCACCGCCCGCAAUUCCGCCCGCAAUUCAGCCGCUCCACGUCAGGAUCAUCACUUCCUUAUAGGCCAUUUAGCAUUCUCCACACCAGAGACACGUUGAUGGAUCUCGAUGAUUCUGACCCACCAGAAUUGAUCGUAGGUGAGACUGAAGAUGAUAUCGAUGCCGAAUUUCCAUGGUCAGAUAGGCAACAGCAACAACGUCGUGCUCCGUUGUUGAACCUUGAGGCUAGUGGCUUAGGGGGGGUGUCUCCUGAAGACCACUUCGUUGUGGCUGUGUUAACACGACGACCAAAAAGCCUGAAAACUGAUUUCAACAAUAGCUCCAAGCAUGAUGAUGAUAAUGAUGAUGAUGAUCACGAUGAUAAUAUCCAAACGAUGCGGCCAAGAGAACUCGAGCGCUUGAGUCGAGAUACGACGGAUUCUAAAGCUGCAACAGAAACAAUUAUUCACAAGUUGGCUACUAUGACAACCGAGUCGCCUCUACCACUAUACAUGCCUGAUGUUAGUGCACACCCAGUACAGAUCGAAUAUAUCACGAGCAGGACUCGUCAUCUUCCCCCUGUACCUCUCCCUCCACCAACCUUCUACUUCCCCGCCUCCGACUCCGAUCUCGAUGACGAAGAUGAUGAUAGUGGCGAAGAUGCUUCUUCAGAAAGUCUGAUGAGUCGCCGUGCUAUUCUCGAGGAUGAUCCAAGCUCGGAUGUUGACCUCUCUGGGAAUGAUGAGGAAGACGAGCAUUCCGACGACGUUCACAUCUACGAUGAUGGUAAUGACAAUAUCUCGCCCGCAAAUGCGAAGGUGUCUGGUAUCAGCAAUCUUGAACCAGGUCAUGACGCUUUGGGUCUGUCCAAGGUUAUUACUGGAAGUUCGGUGGCAACGGCGGGCGGGGCUGCCAGUGGUUAUAAUAGUAGUGUGGAGGAAUUGUGA